GGCGGGUCCAGCUCCGCCCCGUGGCAGGUUAAGAGCCUCCCCAGAGCCCGGAGCUUCGGACAGAUGGUGGCUCAUGGGCGGGCGAGCCGGUUUGGUUGGUUGUCAUGGCGAAGGCGCAGCUGGCCUGGGCCCUACGGGUGGCUGCAGGUGGGAGGCUGCGCGGGCCCCGAGGCACUGGGGGCGCCCGGAGGCUGAGCGGCAGCGCGCGGCGGCGGGCGGCCAGGAGCGCCAGCCCGGGGCGCUGGCUCAGCACGGCCUGGGCGCCGGCCCAGCCCUCCCGAGAGGAGACCGAGGGCGCCGAGGACGACGCCCAUUCGCCUGCAACGGAGGAGCCACCGUGGACACCGCCCCCCACGCCCCCCGAACCUCCCGGGCCCGCGGCCGGCCGCUCGCUGGUGCAACGGGACAUCCAGACUUUCCUGAACCAGUGCGGGGCCAGCCUGGGGGAGGCGCGCCACUGGCUCACGCAGUUCCAGACCUGCCACCCCUUCGCUAAGCCCUUCGCCGUCGUCGAGGUGGACGACGAGGUAAUCAAGUGCCGGCAGGCCGUACCCAGCCUGGCCUUCGCCCUGGCCUUCCUGCAACGCAUGGACAUGAAGCCGCUGGUGGUCCUGGGGCUGCCUGCUCCCACGGCGCCCUCAGGCUGUCUUUCCUUCUGGGAGGCCAAGGCACAGCUUUCCCAGAGCUGCAAGGUGCUGGUGGACGCACUGCGGCACAACGCCGCCACGGCCGUGCCUUUUUUUGGCGGCGGGUCGGUGCUGGGCGCCGCUGAGCCGGCCCCUCAUGCCAGUUAUGGUGGCGUAGUCUCCGUGGAGACGGACCUGCUACAGUGGUGCCUGGAGUCGGGCAGCAUCCCCAUCCUGUGCCCCAUCGGGGAGACAGCUGCGCGCCGCUCCGUGCUCCUCGACUCGCUGGAGGUGACCGCGGCGCUGGCCAAGGCGCUGCAGCCCACCAAAAUCAUCUUCCUCAAUAACACAGGGGGCCUGCGCGACAGCAGUCACAAGGUCCUGAGUAACGUGAACUUGCCCGCCGAUCUGGACCUGGUGACCAACGCCGAGUGGGUGAGCGCCAAAGAACGGCAGCAGAUGCGGCUCAUCGUGGACGUGCUCAGCCGCCUGCCCCACCACUCUUCGGCCGUCAUCACCGCCGCCGCCACUCUGCUCACCGAACUCUUCAGCAAUAAGGGGUCCGGGACCCUGUUCAAGAACGCCGAGCGGAUGCUGCGAGUGCGCAGCCUGGACAGCCUGGACCAAGGCCGCCUAGUGAACCUGGUCAACGCCAGCUUCGGCAAGAAGCUCCGGGACGACUACUUGGCCUCGCUGCGCCCACGGCUGCACUCUGUCUACGUCUCUGAGGGGUACAAUGCCGCCGCCAUUCUGACCACGGAGCCCGUACUGGGAGGCACCCAGUAUCUAGACAAGUUUGUGGUGAGCUCCAGCCGCCAGGGCCAAGGCUCCGGCCAGAUGUUGUGGGAGUGCCUGCGGCGGGACCAGCAGAGGCUUUUCUGGCGCUCGCGGGUCACCAACCCCAUCAAUCCCUGGUACUUCAAACACAGCGAUGGCAGCUUCUCCAACAAGCAGUGGAUCUUCUUCUGGUUUGGCCUGGCUGAUAUCCGGGACUCUUAUGAGCUGGUCAACCAUGCCAAGGGGCUGCCGGACUCCUUCUGCAAGCCAGCUUCUGACCCAGGCAGCUGACCCUCACCACCGGCCCUGCAGGCCCUGGGAAAGCCAGGGUGGACCGAAAGUCAUGCCUGCCGGAGGUGACCCCAGGCAGCCACAGGCUGGACCAUGCUUGAUGGCUGAAUGAUCUGCAGAGGAGGCAGCACCUACUCUACUCUGCCCAGAGGGGGGUGCCCACGUAGGGCAAGCACAGGAAGGAGAAGGGCCUGCCCCAGACACCCCACUUGCUCCAAAGCCACGACUAGAAAGAUGGCUUCAAUUUUCAGUCUGCAGACUUGGGGGAGGAGGGCUUGCCUUUGAGGGCUCUACUCAGGGCUGACCUUAAGGGUGAACCAGUUCCUGUGGCCUCUGUGCUAUUCUGAGGCUCCUUUGCCCAAAAUCUCACCCCUGUCUGCCCAAUAUACCACCAGUCAUUUUAAUUCCUUUGGGUCUUGCAACUUUUCAGGAGGCCUUGAUUAAAAUGCAAAUACUUGUCUGAGA